GUACAAUAAUUUAAUAUGGCGGAAACGGUACGUUGAUACAGUUCGUGGUGUUAUUGCGUGAUAAUUCGGUUAGUAAAAAUAAUACAUAAUAUCAUUAUAAAUAUUUAAAACUACAAUCGUACGGUAGUGACCGAUAAAGUGUUAUCAUGGGUUCUAACAAACGGCACAAAACCGAAAAAUCUCGCGAUGCUAAGAAGAAGCGUCAUCGCAGUCGUUCCCGAAGUUAUACACCUGAUCGUGAGAAAUCUGAGAAGCAUAGACAUCACAAAAAGCACAGGAGGAAAGAGCGCAAGGAUUAUGACAGCGAUGUUGAGAUUGUUAAUGCUCCACCACCACCAAAAAUAUCAAAAUCAUCACACCCAUCGACGCCUCCACCACCAGAAAUUUCCAAACAACGCAGCCCAUCUCCUGCUAAAGGUGGAGCAUCACAAGCUUCAUUAUCCAUUGAGGAAACCAAUAAGCUUCGUGCAAAAUUAGGAUUAAAGCCGUUAGAGAUUGAUAAUACACCAAAAGAAGAUCCAAAUAAAAUCAAAGAUGAUUUGGGAGAGUUUUACCAUAAACCUGCACCAAAUAACAGUGAUAAAGUAAAGGCACAGAAGCUAAGAGAAAAGAUAGGUACUCAAAAGGAGAAACGACAAAUUGAGUCAAAUUUAUCAAAGAUGAAGAGUUUGGGUGAAUGUGAUUCUGAUGACGAUACUCAAUCAUGGAUCAACAAAUCUAGACACUUGGAAGAAGAGAAAAAGAAAGCAGAGAAGAGAGCAAAGAUGUUAGAUCAGUUGGAUGAAGAAUUUGGAAUUGGUAAUUUGGUCAAGGAAGAAAUACAUACUGCUCGUAAUACUGCUUAUACAGAGAAGGAUUUGAAAGGCCUUAAAGUUGAACACAAUAUUGAAACGUUUGAGGAAGGUAAAACUGUAAUCUUAACAUUGAAAGAUCAAGAAGUAUUAAAUGAAAAUAAUGCUGAUUUACUCGUGAAUAUGAAUAUGAUUGAUAAUGAGCGUUACAAACGUAGUGUUUUGAAUAAGACUAAGAAACCUACUUACGAUCCAUAUGCUGAUGAAAAUUUUGAUGAAUAUGGAUUUUCCAAAAAUAAAAUUUUGGGAAAGUAUGAUGAGGAAAUUGAGGGUGAAAAAAGGGACAAUUUUGUAUUGGGUGUUAAUAAUCCAGUAGAAUUGAAACGACGUCAAGUAGAAACAGUGAAACAGCGCUUAGCAAAUAAAAAACUAGAAUCGCUACAGAUUGCAGAACCAAAACUAGCAAGUGAAUAUUACAACGAAGAAGAACUUGCAAAGUUUAAAAAACCAAAGAAGAAGAUUCGAAAAAUUAGAACGAAAAAAGUACUCAAGGCCGAUGAUUUAGUUCCUGUCGAAAAUGAUUAUCUUAGAGAUCUUGGAAGUAGGAGAAGGAAAAAACCAGAAGACUCGAAGGAUAAUGAGUCUUUAGAUAUCGACGAUUUGGAGGCUCCUGCAGAAGAUCUUACUGGAAUAAAGCUUGAAGAAGAUGAUAAAGAAUUGGAGCUACAGUUGGCUUUAAAGAAAGCUCAGCGAUUGAAAGAAGGAUAUCCAGCUGGAAUUCAGAAAACUGUUGAAACAAUAAAGCAAGAAACUCUUAGCUCAGAGGAGAACCAAGCUGGAAACAUUGUUCUUAAUUCUACUGCAGAAUUUUGUAGAACUUUAGGUGAUAUACCCACAUACGGACUUGCAGGAAAUAGAGAGGAAAAUGGACAAGAACUUAUGGAUUUCGAAUUGGAUGAAAUUAAAGAUGAGCCACCUGCAAAUGAGGAUGAGGAUAAUGGUCGUGGUGCUUGGAACACUGUGCAUUUAGAUGAGAACACUUCAGAACCAGUCGUAAUGGAGGCGGCAAUUCUCGAUGCUGAGCCGUCUCUCGGACAAGGGGUAAGUGGAGCUUUGAAAUUAGCAAUGAGCAAAGGUUACUUGCAAAAGGAGGAUAGUAAUCGACCUUCAGCGUCACGAUUUGCACAUUUGCAAGCUCAGAAUUACUCGAUAGAAGAUAAAACAUACGGAGAUGAUGACAAAUUCGGCAGAAGAGAUCGCUUUAAUGGACCGACAUCUGAUUUCAAGGAGAAGGAUGGUUUCAAACCAAACGUUAAACUUGAAUAUAUUGAUGACGACGGGCACGUCUUAAGCGCUAAGGAAGCUUUUCGAUAUCUAUCACAUAAAUUUCAUGGAAAAGGACCAGGAAAAAACAAGGUGGAGAAGAGGAUGAAGAAAGCUGAGCAAGAAGUUUUAAUGAAGCGAAUGUCUUCGACAGAUACACCUUUAGGUACACUAAACUUGCUGCAAGCUAAACAAAAGGAAACUCAAUCACCGUAUAUAGUGCUUAGCGGCAGUAAACAGAUGCAAACGACUAGCAUAGCAAAAACAAAACAUUAAGGGAUAAACGCAAACAAGGAUAAAAAUUGUACAUAAUCUUACGUAUACAUAGUGUAGCGUUUGCAAAUAAAAUUGAGUUCACAACUUCGUAUGAUGAAAAUAUUAACCAAAGGAGCGAAAAGGAUACGAGAUGUUUUUUUUUUUUAAUUAUACUGUGGAUGCGGGAUGAAAUAAAUAUUUGGAUAUUCCUUGACUCAAUUCAACUAGUGUUGAAUCUGUAUAACUUGUUUGGCUUUAUAACGCAUCAUUGAAAAAAAUAUGAGUAAAAGUAAUAUUAUUUUAUAGAUCUUACUUUAUACAAUAAAGUAUACUUCAUAAACA